AAUCACUACACCCGCCUGUCAUGUUUGUCAACGUCAUUUUUUCUUGUUAUGGCCAUUGGGGUAUUUAAAUUGACUAAAAACCAGCGACAUUUCUUAAGUAUAAUAUUUGUGUUUUUAAAUAUGAUUCAAGUACUAACGGGUGUAGUUAUGUUAAGUUUGUCAAUCUACAUCUACGUUUCAGUGGCACCAGUUUUAUAUUCGGAACGUGCAGAAAUCAGUUACGUAUUCUUUGUAAUAGGUCUGUGUGGCUUUAACAACAUUUGCUGUUAUUUAUUCGCUAUAAAAAUCCAACAAAAGUGCCUGAAACAAGCUUUCAAGAAAAGUACUCGAAGUCUCGUUUUCGCAUGGACGUGUGUCACAUUCUACAUCACGAUAUAUUUGUGUAUUUUGGCGAAACUCACAGCCAAAGUGUACAAACACAUAAUACGCGCGAUGGGUCAUUCGUUUUACAUCGGCAUGAGUAAAUACUUAAAGCAAGAGGAAUGGAAGGUCACUAUCGACCGAAUCCAAUACGACUUGCAAUGCUGYGGGGCCCAGGGCUACAAGGAGUGGCACCAAAUCCCCUGGAUGGGCCGAUACCAAGUCAAUGUAAAAUCCGAUUCGGUUAAACAAUUCCACGAAAACGGCUCUUGGUUAUUUCCAGUCACUCCGUGGAGUUGUUGUCGGCURAGUUUCCCCAUGCAGUGCCUUCACGACCCCCUGCAACAAGCCGGGGCCAGCCAACACUCCCUUGUCGCAGACUCCCUCAACACUGAAGGGUGCAUCACGAAACUAAAAAUACCGAUUCGGAUGGCAAUCACCACUUUUAUUGUUCUAGUAGUCCUCAACUGUCUYAUACAGUUGCUCGUAUUUUUGGUCGUCAGGGUGUUGUACACGUCUUGUCGCAAUGCGGAAAUCCUGGAAACGGAUGGAGUGGCCCCUGGAUGGAUUUUCGGGAGGGGGGACUGCGGUUAUAACCGAGGGAAAACCCUGAUUGACUACAUGAACCCGCCGAGAAGACGUCGGCGAAAAGCACCAAAACCAAUCAAUGAUGAGCAAGACUGCUGAUAAUGAUUAGCGACUGUCUCUAUUCCAAUUUAUUUUUUAUUUAUAUACAUAUAUCAUGUAAGAAUGUAUACAUAAGCUGAAGAAACGAUUACGAAACAAGAAAAGGUUUUUG